CUAAUCGACAGCAGAGAGUGGACGGAGAAAACUGCCAAUACAUUUGAAGUGAAACGUUUUAUUUAAAUGCAAACAAAAGUCUAUUUCAUUACAUAAAUUAUAACAUUUACAAUAAUUGAUAUGAUAGUAAUCUGUGAAGCUAAAAGUAUGUGCUUGUUUUAAUCCAAACCUUACAGGGAAUCCCGAAGCAGAUGGGUGGGAGCAACUGUGGGAUUUACAUACUGAUGUACACUCUGUACAUGGCUUUGGGUCUUGGAUUUGAUUUUACAGAGGAUGACAUGCCUCUGAUCAGGAGGUGGUGGUGUGCUGUUCUCCUGGACAACUUCACUCCACAAAUCGCUCAACCACAAGGAGCUUCACCAUUCAAAAGGCAAUGUCUUCAGGCAGAGUCCAGCGAACCAGAGUACGCAGUUGUGACAAUCUGUCAGGUUUGUUUAAACUAUGGAAUCAGAGGGACGUAUCAAGGCCUCACAGCGACCGUCCUCAAACAGGGAUCCAAUCAGGCGAUCCGGUUCUUCGUCAUGACCUCUCUGAGGAACUGGUACAAGGGUGACAAUCCCAACAAAUCCAUCAACCCCGUCAUCAGCGGAGCGUUCGGUGCGAUCGCAGGAGCGGCGAGUGUGUUUGGAAACACGCCGCUGGACGUCAUCAAGACCAGAAUGCAGAUCUAG